AUGUCUGAUAGUAAGGAUCACACGUUUGUGCCACCGUCUGUUGACGAUAUGCCCAUCGAAGACACCCAGCUGCCAGUGGAGCCCAAGCAAUUAUCUACACUCGGUGGCUUCCUGGCUGGAGGCGUGGCUGCGUGCGGCGCCGUUACUGUCACAAACCCGAUCGAACUCAUCAAGACUCGAAUGCAACUGCAGGGCGAGUUGGCGGCCCGCGGAGAGGUCAAAAAGGUCUACACUGGUUUGUUUCAGGGUCUGGUCACCAUUAUCAAGCAUGAGGGCAUUCUCGGUAUUCAGCGGGGUUUGUUUGCUGCUUACAUUUAUCAAAUCGGUCUCAAUGGCUGCCGCAUUGGUUUAUAUGAACCCUUGCGCAACAUUCUUAACCCCCUAUGGGGUCUUAAACUGGACGCACAGAGCAUUCCUGUCAACGUCGUAGCCGGCGCCGGAUCCGGUAUUAUGGGUGCCAUUAUGGGAUCACCUUUUUAUCUUGUCAAGACACGCAUGCAGUCUUAUUCCCCUGUUUUCCAAAUCGGCGCACAGACCCACUACAAGAGUGUUUGGCAUGCGCUUAAGACUGUUUACCGUGCUGAAGGUUUCCGCGGUCUAUAUCGUGGUGUUGAUGCUGCAAUUCUCCGUACCGGUGCUGGAUCUUCGGUCCAACUGCCCAUUUACUAUCACACAAAGAAGCUUAUUGAACAUUAUGACAUUCCUGAUGGUCCAAUCCGCCAUUUUGGUGCGUCUGCAGCCUCAGGUCUCGGUGUCUGUAUUGUUAUGAACCCAUGGGACGUGCUCAUGACCCGCAUGUAUAACCAAAAGGGUAAUCUCUACAAGAAUCCCAUUGACUGUUUAAUCAAAACAGUUAGCAUCGAAGGCCCACUUGCUCUGUACAAGGGUUUCAUUCCUCACCUUAUGCGUAUUGGACCUCACACUGUCAUAAUGCUCAUGUUUAUGGAGCAGACCAUGCGCUGGGCCAAGAUGUUGGAAGGUGUUCCUCUCGACUAA